ACUAGUAACACCUACCAGGAUUUGUGUAUAUGUGCUGCAAUGAAUGAGAAAAGACAACGGCCGCGGCCGCGGCGUCGUGACGAAUUAUUUGAAAAGCGUCAGGACUUGCUGCUCGCCUGGAGUGACGAGGUGUGCAAUAGCGAGGAGGUGCCCGAGGUAGAGAUAGUUAGUCUCUUACAAGAACAUAUACCAAAAUAUCGCCUUAGAGCAGACAGCCUCACACAAUUUGGAGGUUACGAGAAUCAAGAUUGGUUUAUACCGUCGCCGGCUUUGAAAGUCAGCGACGCAGACCUCGCCCUCACACCUGACCAGAUCAGGGAAACGCUCAAUUAUUUCCUUCUAUGCAGCAACAGGGUGAGCCAAAUGACAAAGACCUACAAUGACAUCGAAGCGGUAACACGGCUCUUAGAAGAAAAAGAGAAGGACUUGGAGCUAACGGCGCGGAUCGGCAAGGAACUUCUAACGGCAAAUGGACGUUUGGAGGCACGAGUCACUUCUUUAGAGGGCGAGCUGAAGAGUGCGCGCGACCAUAUCACGCAGCUGAGGCACGAUCUCAACGCUAAGACUGAACUUUUACAGGUGUUAACAAAUGACACAGAGGAGGGCUCGUCCCCCACGGAGCAGGAGGCGGCGACCGCGGCGGCGCUGCGCCGACGCACGGGCGCGCUGGAGCGAGAGAACCGCGCGCUGCGGGAGGAGGCCUCGCGCCUCGCCGCCGGCGCCGACUGCGCUGAGCUCGCCGAGAAACAGCUGCUGCGGGACAUCGCGCAACAGCUCGCUAGUGCAAAUUCCGAGGCGAGUGCUCUGGGCACGGAGUUACUGGAGGAGCGUCACCGCAACAUCGACCUGCAGCAACAACUCGACACCACUAAAGCGAGGCUCGCGAAUAACGAGAGGGAUUUCAGACAGUUAACUACAGAACACGAACAUACCUUAAGGAUAUUAGAAAUCACAAGAGAUAAUCAAAAUGCCCUCGCAGCAGAGUUGGCCGAUGUCAAGGAGCGGUACGCGGAGGUGUCGGCGCUGCUGGCCGAGGCGCAGGAGGCGCUGCGCGCGGCGCGGCGGCGCGGCGAGCCCGCGCGCGGACUCAUGCCCAGCGUGGCCGCCGCCGCCGGCCUGCUGCCCAACACGCUGCACCGCGAGAUGCACUCCUCCGUCUACUCCGAGCUCAGCCUCGACUCCGGCAUCGGCGAUCCUCUCGCACAUUCAAGCAUGCAGAAAGUGUUUGAAACGGUGCAGUGCGCAUCGCGUUGGUCGGGCGCGUCGGGCGGCUCGGGCGCGUCGGGCGGCUCGGGCGCGUCGCUGCCCGGCUCGGACGUGUGCGACGCGGCGCCCGCGCUGCUCGCCGGCGCUCCCUUCGCCAAGCUGCCGCCCAAGCCGCCCUCGAACGACUCCUUCCUCGACGACACCUCCGACACCGACUCCGACGAUCUCUAUCCCGGCGGGCCGGGCGUGGGCGUGCCGGGCGCGCCGGGCGCGGCGGAGCUGGCGGCGGCGCUGCGGCGCCUCACGCCGCACGACAUCGACGCGCGCCGCGCCUCGCUCGCCGCCGCGCACCUGCGCCGGCCGCGCACGCACGAAAGAGAUUCUAAUGAGGAGAGCGCGGUGUGGGGCGCGGGCGCAGGGGGCGGUAUCGCUCGUUUCCGUCCACCUCACAAGUUGCAAAUCGUGAAACCGCUUGAAGGCUCUCUCACGUUGCACACGUGGGCUCAACUCGCUAAGCCGAAUAUGUCUGGCCUAUUGGAAGAACAAGAGGGUGUUGGUGUUCGGGGAGCGAGAUCAUCAGGCGGACUCGGAUUAAGACUGUACAGGCUCUCUGACGUGGAGGAGGACGACGACAUACCACGACUGCCACACUCGAGUCACAUAUACACUUUCACAAACAGUUCACUUUGCAUCGACAGCACGGUGCUGCAUCCGAACGACGGAAGCCUCGCGGGCAGCAGCACCAGCAGCGUGUGCAGCAGCGGCAUGAGCAGCCUCUCCAGCAGCGUGCUCGGCAGCGCGUGGAGCUCGCGCCUCACCUCGCGCCGAUCGUCGGCCGCCGUGUCGCCCGUGCACUCGCGCCGUGAGUCCGUCUGCGUGGCGCCGUCGCGCGCUCAUUUCUCUCCGACCGCGACGCCCGCAAACAGUCCGUUGCUCGGAUCGCCGGAGUCGUCGCCACCGGCAACUCCGCGACCCGGUGACGCGCCGCCUUCGUUGCACGCGCUCAUUGCCAGUGGCACGUCUAUACUCCGGCGGCGGCACCUCGGCGCUGGCUCACCGGGCGCGGACGGUUCCCCGGCGCCGCUCGCUCUCCAGACACCCGGCUCUCUGUACACGGGACUCGUGCAUCGCAGUCCCAUGGAGCAGCUGACGUGUCUGAAGCGCACGUUACGCUCGCCGGCCGCACCGCUGCCGGAGAGAAAUGGGGGCGGCGGCGGCGGCGCGGCCAACGGCGCCGGCGCGUCGUGCGAGUCGCCGCUGGGCGUGCCCGCCGCGCCGGGCUCGGGCGCGCUGGACGCGGCUCGCGGGGACGGCGGCGCGCUGGGCGCGGGGAGCGCGCGACGGGUGCGGGCCCGCGCGCCGCGCCCGCGCUCCGACCUGGGCACGGUGGGCGCGGUGGGCGCGGCGGGCGCGGGGGGCGCGGGGAGCACGCCGGGCACGCCGGCGGCGCCGUCGGCCGCGAUGCACUCGUCGCCGCUGGGUACCCUUAGUUUGCUGUUUGGUCGGAAAGGUGGUCUCUUGUAAAGCUAUCUGAUAGAAGGUGCUCGCGCGCCCUCGCACGCGGCGCCGUUCCCGGUUCCGAGCGGUUGUUUUUCGUAGUAUUAUUUUUCCUCUCUGUGGAUUAGUCGCCCGCGGGUUUCCAUUCGUAUUUUACCUUUUUGAUUUUGUUUUCUAUUUGUUAAUACAAUUAUUAUAGUAAUUUUAUUGCGUUUUGACGUGUAUUUUGGUAGCUAUUUUUUAUUUUGUAAUCGCUCGCGUGCAUUUAUAUUAUAUGACUGAGCGCGGGAUGCACCCGAAGUCGAUUUCGGUCGCUAAGUAUUAUGAUUCGGUACUAUACGAGGCUCUUCAACAUUCCUUUGAGUUUGACGUUUUGCGUCGGUCUCUCCCGCGUGCUAUGUACAUUGUACACCGUAACACCACUGUUGCCGAGAGCUCUAGCGAGGACCAAGUGUAUGGUAAUACAAUAAAAAUCAUAUCAAUUAAUUUCUUUGGUCGAAGUAAAACACAUCACACGAAUUUAAGUUUUUGUUAUGUUUGUUUAUAUACUUAAAUGAUUAUUUUCUAAUUGUCGCGUGAGAUUUACUUAUUUUAGUAGUCUGUAGUAUUAUAUUGCAAGGGUUGUAAUAUUUAUUAUCAUUAGAGAAUAGAAGAACAUUAGGUAUUUAGAUGCGACUGGAAAAUAAUAAUUUCUGAUUUUCAAAUCUCAUUGCUUUAUUAUGGUCAUGCUUAUUAUUAUUAAUUAUAUUAUUAUUUUAGUGAUUAUUUUUGUGUGAUUGUAAAUAAAUGUUCAUUAAUUUAGAAGAGUACAAAUUAUUUAUGUUUAUGAUCAGACUUAGUUAAUUGAUAAUAUGUAUAGAGGGCAAGUCAAUAAUUUCAAUUUACAAAUUAUUAAUUUAAUUUCACGACUUAUGUCAUUAAUAAUUAUCGACCAAAUAACGAGUACUUCACAAAUACGAGGCAUUCAUUUUAUUCUAGUUUUAACACAACUGUUGCUAAUAUUUAGGUGUAAACAAAGUGUAAUGGUGCAUGCCAUAGUGAUAAGUAGAACUGAAUUAAUUAUAUUAAAAUUGCGUCAUAAUUUGGAUAUGUCCUAACGCGGCUGCACUCUUUAAUAGCGACCAGUUCAUUCAUAGUGUAAUCAUUUGUAACUUAAGUUAACUAAAAUUGGUGCUAGAUAGUUAUUAUGCCAGUGAUGUUUUGUUAAACAAAUCCAACGUGGUUAUGUUUGGAACGCACGCGUUAGUUUCUUUGUGUCGCAUUAUUAUUUUACGGCGUCAGUUCUUAUGUUCAUUGAACAACAUGAAGCGUACGCGAACGCGUACGUCUUAGGUUUAGUAAGGGCUGUGAGGUGAUAAUCGUAGUGGUCACGAAAAAUGUUUCCACGUCUUGAUAUUGAUACAAUUAUUACAGUCAAGUAGGCACAAAACUGUGUAGUUUAAGCGAAACUUGUUGAGUAUUUGACAAUUACAACAAAAUGAUAAUGAUUGUAUUGAAAACAAAAAUAUAAUUUAUCCAAAAAUA